CACCAACAGGGGAUUUCCAUGGGCACACAGAGAGAGCGCAGCAUACCAAGCAGGAAAGAGAAAAGAACAUUGAACAACUUGUAGAAGACAACAUUUGUGAGCACUGAAGAACCAUAACAGCAAACCCAGCACAUCAUUAUGGCAUCUGAUCAGCCUUCUUUACCUCCAGGUGACCCUGUUUGCCCAGGGUGUCAGGCCGAGGGGUCGCUCCUGCUCCCCUGUGGACACAGCUUAUGCCUGUCUUGCUUACAGUUGUGCCAGCUCGAGCUAGGACAUGAGCAGCAAAGAUGCACUGAGUGUUAUGGACGAGAACUGCUUGAGAACGUCCUCAAGGGCCUGUUUGACUCCAUAUUCCAAGGUCAACCUCGACGGGACAGGACCCAAGCUGAAUUGGGGCUUGGCUUCAUCAACGCCAGGGCAGAAGAUGGUAAAGUGUGUACCAGGCAUGGUGACAGACUGACUCUGUUCUGCAUGGAGGACGAGGAGCUGAUCUGUGCUCAGUGCCAGGGAGAAGACCACGAGGGUCACGAGUGUAAUAGCACAGAGGAGGCAGCUCAGGAGUGCAAGAAAGAGCUCACGCUGGCAUUGAGGCCCUUACAGGAGAAGCUGGAGAACCUAAAUACAGCCAAACAAAUCUGCCAGGAGACAGCAGAUCACAUCAGGAGGCAGAGCCAGCAUACAGUGCGGCUGAUAAAGGCUGACUUUGAGAAGCUGCAGCAGUUCCUCCGGGAUGAGGAGGCAUCUAUGCUCACAGCUCUGAAGGAGGAAGAAGAGCAGAAGAGUCGCAAAAUGAAGGAGAAGCUAGACAAGCUAACAGAGGAGAUUACAUCUCUGACUGAAACCAUUAACUCCACUGAGGAGGCCCUUACUUCUGAAGACUUUGAAUUUCUCAAGAACUAUAAAAAGGCGUCUGAAUGUUAUAGAGUGGAAUGCACACUGCCGGAGCUUAAAGAGAUGACCGGAGCGCUGAUUGACGUGACCAAACAUCUGGGCUGCCUCAAAUUCAGAGUCUGGGAGAAAAUGCAAACUGUUGUCACAUACACUCCAGUGACCCUUGACCCCAACACAGCAGAUGUAUGCCUCUCUGUGUCUGAUGACCUCACUGUCCUGCGCUACACAGAUGAGGAGCAGCAAGUACCUGAUAACCCUGAGCGCUUCUGCUGCUACGAGUGUGUGCUCGGGUCCGAGGCCUUGGGAACAGGCCGCCACAGCUGGGACGUGGAGGUAGGAGACAACACUGAAUGGGCACUCGGGGUGGUGUACGACAACGUGCAACGGAAGGAAUGGUUUCCACCCAGUCCUGAGCACGGCAUGUGGACCAUGUGUCUGUAUGGAGGUCACUAUCGGGCACCGAACUCCACCAGCGAGCCCAUUACAGUUAAGAAGAAACCACAAAGAGUGCGGGUUCAGCUGGACUGGGAUGUAGGGAGAGUCAUGUUCUCAGAUGCUGCAGAUAACACACUAAUCUACAGGUUUAAAGCCAAAUUCACUGAGAAGCUCUAUCCAUAUUUCUCUAACACGUGUAAAAGACAUCCAUUAUGCAUCCUUGCUGAGAAAGUGUCCGUGUACACAGAAUAGCUCAGGAAAGGGUUGAUCAUAUAAAGUAGCAGAAUAACGUCACAUGUAUUGUUGAUGCAUAUAUAAAAUAAGGAGACAGACAUGAAUGAAGCCAGAAAUGAUUGGAAAUAGGAAUGUAAAAGUAUGUCCUAUAAGGAAAUCAGAAAUAAUCGCUCUCAACUUCAUUUGAUGGUAUAGUAGUAUAUAAUCACAGCAAAGUAAAACUGUACAGGUACAUUGCUUUAAAUUACAUAUUAAAUACUUAAUAAUCCUCUUAAAACACUGUUUUCCUACUCAAUUCACUGCCAAUACAAUAUUGGCAUAUUAUUUAUUGACACUCCUCUUUAAAAUAUAGAAAAUGUCCUUUACUUUGGAAAAAAGAAAAAGAAAGAAAACAUGAUAAUGGGAUUUCAAGAGAAUCUGACACAGAUGCUGGGUACCAAUACUUUUAAUCCUGUUCUUGGAGUGAGCAAUGUUAUAAUGAACUAUGGGUAUCAUGAUAAAUUACAUCAUGACACAUUUCAGAGACCAUCAUUAGUGUUUUGUCAUAGUUUAUUAUUAUUAUUGUUGUUGUUGUACAGUUAAGUGAAUACUAAUUUAAAAAAAAGAGCUUUACUGAGGGGCAGCACGGUGGUGUAGUGGUUAGCGCUGUCGCCUCACAGCAAGAAGGUCCUGGGUUCGAACCCCGGGUCUGGCGAGGGCCUUUCUGUGUGGAGUUUGCAUGUUCUCCCCGUGUCCGCGUGGGUUUCCUCCGGGUGCUCCGGUUUCCCCCAAAGACAUGCAUGUUAGGUUAACUGGUGACUCUAAAUUGACCGUAGGUGUGAGUGUGAAUGGUUGUCUGUGUCUAUGUGUCAGCCCUGUGAUGACCUGGUGACUUGUCCAGGGUGUACCCCACCUUUUUCCCGUAGUCAGCUGGGAUAGGCUCCAGCUUGCCUGCGACCCUGUAGAACAGGAUAAAGCGGCUAGAGUUAAUGAGAUUAGAUUAGAUGAAAGAUUUCCUGAAACCCUGAAAACAAAUUUGCAGUUGCCGGGUUUCACGUGACGUCACAUCUGCCUCAUUAGUUAUUCAGAACUUUAGCUGGUGAAGCUACCACCAGCUACCAAAGCUCAGCUGACAAAAUGUUUGUAUGGAGAAGGUGCACUGCUCGCAUGAAAAAUGCCUUACGCUUGCGUUGUUUUAGGAUGUUCGAAUCGAUCAAACUGUGAAACUGAUAAAAGUUUCUUCAGGGUUCCCCGUGAACUAAUAAAAAAGGGUGAAUGAACACAGGAUUUCACAAAAAGAUGUCGAGAAAGGUGGCUUUUGAACCUCUCGCUGAAAUCGAAGGGAGCCGAGUCGAAGCAUGCUCGAGUUUGCAGUGAUCACUUGGUGAAAGGUUUGUAUUUUCCUCUCAGCUCUGUCCUUACAGGCCUUUCAAUUACAUAAUUUGGGCUACAACCUGCAUUUCUGAAUUUGGGCUUUUUCCGUCAUGAUACAGGGUAAUUUGGGCUUUUCUGCACGCGCAAAGUACUGUUUUCCCAGUGCUCUCUGUUUAAACCUGCUGCUGCUUUUUUAGCUACAAAUUUAUGAAUAAAUAAAGAAAUCUCUGAAUGUUAUUUUUAACCUUUAUUGCAAAAUGUCUACAGCAUUAAUCCCUCUUGAUGUACAGGUACCUGACAAAAAUAAUUAGAAUACAGUUAGUUAGUAUUUAAAAGAUGUGUUGGGGCCUGAGGAGAGCCUGGAGGAAAGGAGCCUGUGAAUGAAAAAGCAAGUUCUGCACUGUUGCCAUCAAAGAGACAAACCUGCAGCAGACCUGUGACACAAAAGGUUUUUCAGUCACGUCACAAGAAUCGGCAGUGCAAUUCUCAGUAUGUAGUCGGGUAAAAGAUCUUAGUUUAAAUGAAAGGCCAGUGUCUAAGACUAUCAUCAACAAGAGGACCAAGCUCCAAGUCACUGAUUCCACCCGCACUUACACAACCGUGUGGAUUUAAGAUGCAAGAUCAGCUGUAUCCUAAAUACACACAGUUGUGUCCUGAAUAGCUCCAGUCUUUUACCUGAUUUAAAUCAUAUGAAACUAGGUAUCAGAGAGAUAUUGCAGUUCAGAUCAGAUAAUGUGGGAUAUAGGGCUAUUUUUAGGUUUUUAAAUGAUACAGGAAUUAUUAGGAGAAUUUCACACAAUAGGGUUGUAAACAUUCUGGUUUAUACUCCAGUCCAGAAGGUGCCGGUAACGCACCUAAAAGCUGUUUGCCAACCAACAUAAAAGAAGAAGAAAGAUGAUUUACCUACUGUGGAAAUCCUGCUCUGGUCACAGUCUCUCUCCUCCACAAAAUCAUGGCGUGCCGAUCGCCGUUGAUGGAGAUCUGCGCGAGGCUUACGGUGAGUUUGACGAACCCAGAACAACAUGGGAAUGGUGCGGAUUUUGUGUCAAUUACAAGAAAUACAUGCAAAUUCUCGCUAAUUUCAGUGUUUUUAAAGAAGGUCACGACAUUGGUUUUUAUGCAGCCAAGUUUAUUUAAUCCACAUUUCGGGUUUUUUGGUUUUUUUUUAACUUUUGGUAGCAUAUUUUGGGCGCUUGACCUUAAUUUGGGCGCCUUUUUAAUUUGGACGCCUUCGAUGUUAUCCGUCGCAGGUUUCAUGUCAUUGAAAGGCCUGGCUGACUAGACACGUGUUGCCAAAUGGCGAACCGGUUCAGAAUUAAAAUUCUUUUGAUUACACUACCGUUGAAAAGUUUGGGGUCACUUUGAAAUGUCCUUAUUUUUGAAAGAAAAGCACUGUUCUUUUCAAUGAAGAUCACUUUAAACUAAUCAGAAAUCCACUCUAUACAUUGCUAAUGUGGUAAAUGACUAUUCUAGCUGCAAAUGUCUGGUUUUUGGUGCAAUAUCUCCAUAGGUGUAUAGAGGCCCAUUUCCAGCAACUAUCACUCCAGUGUUCUAAUGGUACAAUGUGUUUGCUCAUUGCCUCAGAAGGCUAAUGGAGGAUUAGAAAACCCUUGUACAAUCAUGUUAGCACAGCUGAAAACAGUUUAGCUCUUGAGAGAAGCUAUAAAACUGACCUUCCUUUGAGCAGAUUGAGUUUCUGGAGCAUCACAUUUGUGGGGUCGAUUAAAUGCUCAAAAUGGCCAGAAAAAUGUCUUGACUAUAUUUUCUAUUCAUUUUACAACUUAUGGUGGUAAAUAAAAGUGUGACUUUUCAUGGAAAACACAAAAUUGUCUGGGUGACCCCAAACUUUUGAACGGUAGUGUAACUUGUGUAUUUUUUUUUUUUUUUUUGGGGGGGGGGGUGUGUCCAGAUAAUAUUAAGAACAUCACACAGUGGCACGAAGAUAUGAAAUUUAUCUUCUCAUGUUGAUUCACUUCACUCACACGUGAAUAUGUUUACCACUCAGAUAAACUUCAUCUCUUUGCCUAACUGUGUAAUAUCUUUGUCUUUUAUAUAGUAUUAUUUAUGCAAUCAUUUUACAAGCCCUAAUCAUGACUAAUAACUGUAUAUUAAAAUUGCUUCAAAGUUUUGCGGACAAACCUAACACUGAUUAACUAUAACGUAAAUAAAUAAUAAUGAAAUGGCCUGUGUUUACACUGGGGUGAAGAGACUCUUGAGCAAGUAUGUCCUCCUCACAUGUGCACCUGUCUCUCCUUGUCAGCACUAACCUUUCUGUAAACCCUUCUCGUCCUUUCCAAGUACUUUUGGCAUGGAGAUAUGUUUAUAAGUGUUCAUAACAGACAUAGCUGAGCUGCGGAAUGAGGGAGGGAACAUGUCAACGGUGAUAAAGGAGGUGAAGAGGGUUUCUAUGUUACUUACUAUGUCAGAUUCAAGGAUGGACAAAUUAUAAGUUGUGUAAAGCUCCAAUGUUCUUACCCAGUCCUGUGCAUGCUUUUCUUGAAAACCUAGUUAUCAAGGCUAAAACAGGAUCGCUAACAAAGUAUGGAGAACUAGUUAACUAAUUUAGUUCAUUAACACAGGCAGAAAAGUGUAUAUAAAUUCUCAGAUAGGUGAGCACCUCGCUUAUAGUCAUUAAAGGAGAACUGAAGGCAAUUUUUUUAUGAUCAAAAUUCUAUUUAUCUCAUUUCAUAAAAAUAGGAAUGCAUGUUUGAUCGCUAUUUUGUCACUAUAGCAAGUUAUGAGUGUUUGAAAUAUGCUCUGUAAUAUAUCAGUCCAUAUGUCAAAGCAAUGGCCGUAAACGAGAUUCGUUGAGACCUGUGCGAGACAUCGUAGGACAGAAGUAAAACAUACAGCGGAAAUCAAAGUGACCAACAUCUGCCAACGUUGUCAAAAGACACGCGCGCCCUCUUUUGAAUGCUGAUGUAAUCAAGCCAGAAGUUUUGUUUGUUUUGAUAGCAAUCAGGAAAGUUUGAAAAAAGUAGGCAGUAAUCAUCAUUUAAACUAGUUUUUGUGCAAUAUUUCAUUUGGGAAACAGUUUUCAAAAUGGCGGCACUGACACCUGGCUGACACUUCACGUUUCGAAGUCUCACACAAGUCUCGUGAAGAUCGCGCGGAUAAGCGACGCCUGCCGUGGACCAAACGAACUAAAUUCAACAUGGCUAAAAACCGAAUAGGCCGAUAAGUCUCAUCUCAUCUCGUUAUCUGUAGCCGCUUUAUCCUGUUCUACAGGGUCUCAGGCAAGCUGGAGCCUAUCCCAGCUGACUACGGGCGAGAGGCGGGGUACACCCUGGACAAGUCGCCAGGUCAUCACAGGGUUGACACAUAGACACAGACAACCAUUCACACUCACAUUCACACCUACGGUCAAUUUAGAGCCACCAGUUAACCUAACCUGCAUGUCUUUGGACUGUGGGGGAAACCGGAGCACCCGGAGGAAACCCACGCGGACACGGGGAGAACAUGCAAACUCCGCACAGAAAGGCCCUCGCCGGCCACGGGGCUCGAACCCGGACCUUCUUGCUGUGAGGCGACAGCGCUAACCACUACACCACCGUGCCGCCCCAGGCCGAUAAGUAUAAUAUUUAAUUGCAAUUAGUUGCCAAUACGAGUAACGACAUAAGGUUACUAAAACCGAAAAUGUAAUUGAAUAACACGUUAAUUAAGAAAUAAAGCAAGUUUAAAAAUGACUUCAGUUCUCCUUUAACUUUUCUAGAAAAAAUAUCAAAUGGCAUAUCAUGGCUUAUAUCCUGAGCAAAAACUCAGUGUUUGUUAUAAGCUGCAGUUUUCUCCUUCACAUUGUGAUUAAAAGAUAUUAUUUGAAUCUGGUUAGCAUCUUUAUUUUGAACUGCAAGUUGACUGUGUGUUGCGCUAGCAGUAGAAUUAUACGACAAGUUUGAACUGCACUUUUUGCUCAGUUUUUUUUCCUGCUUCCACAUGCCUGUGUGUUCCUGAUUCUGAAAAGAUCGUUUGUCAUUAGCACAUGCUAAUUAAUCCACUUUAUAAUAAUGGAUGUGUUUAGCGUAGCAGGUGGUGCGAUUCAGAUUCACGCUAUAGUCAUAGCAUUGAGAUGUGUUGCAGUACUAUAACCAAAUAAAAACUUAUUUUGCAACAUUA